AUGUCUGAACCAACUCCAGUAAGACUCCCGGGAUCGGUUCCGUUUCCUAUUACGAUAUCUUCCGUGCUAUGUAAAGAAGGUGACACAAUCAAGAAACAUACCCCAUUAUUCAGAUACAAGUAUUGGGAUUAUCAAGAUGAUCCUAAUUCCAAAGAUGAAGAACCCCCUAAAAUAAGAGUGGAAAGAAUAGGAUCAUACGAGAGUCCUAUUGAAGGUCAAAUCACAACGGUAGCAGUGGAGUUAAAUGAUGAAGUUGCCCAUAGUGGAGUUAAUAUAGCGUUCAUAGCUGAACCAUGUAACCAUGCUGUUCAAUACGGUGGACUCUGUGCCCUCUGUGGGAAAGCAUUAGAUGAUGAAAAGGAUUAUUCUGGUUAUAGUCUCGAAGAUCGAGCCACAAUUCUGAUGUCACAUGAUGCUAGUGGAUUGAAAGUCAGUUUGGAUGAAGCAGCAAAAAUCGAGCAAACUACAACAGAUAGACUAAUAGAACAAAAGAAAUUGAUAUUGGUGGUUGAUUUAGAUCAAACAGUAAUCCACGCAACAGUGGAUCCAACUGUUGGGGAAUGGCAACUGGAUCCAACCAAUCCCAAUUAUCCUUUUGUUAAAGAAGUUCAAAGCUUUUGUCUUGAUGAAGAAAUUCUUCCAUCACCAGCUUGGAAUGGUUCUAGAAUACAGCCUUCACAAUGUUGGUAUUACGUGAAAUUAAGACCAGGAUUACAGCAAUUUUUGAAAAAUGUUAGUCAGCUUUAUGAACUACAUAUUUACACCAUGGCUACUCGAAAUUAUGCUCUUGAAAUAGCCAAAAUCAUCGAUCCUACAGGAGAGUACUUUGGAGAUCGGAUCCUAAGUAGAGAUGAAAGUGGCUCCUUAACUCACAAGAAUUUGAAAAGAUUAUUUCCAGUGGAUCAAUCCAUGGUUGCCAUAAUUGAUGACAGAGGCGAUGUUUGGAAAUGGGAAAGCAAUUUAAUUAAAGUAGUACCGUAUGAAUUUUUCGUGGGGAUUGGAGAUAUUAAUUCUAGUUUUCUUCCUAAGAAAAAUGGUCAACUCACAGGGCCAACCAAAAGAAGAAAGACUAUUGCCAAAUUGGAAGCGAUGGAAGCUGCAGAAGAAGCAGCCGAGGAAGCUGCAAAGGAAUCCAAAAAGUGCACCCCCCCACUGGAUGGGAAGCUGAAGAAGACUACACAAGAUGAAGAAAUAUCACCAACUGAUGAAGAUAUCGAUAUGGAUUCACAAAAUGGCAUAGCAAAUCCUGUGGAUAGAAUUUUGGAAAUGGGUGGUGGAGAAGGCAAUACAGAAUUGCUCAUAGAACAGAAAAUGACAAGAAACCAAUCAAUUGAACAGCAACAACAUGAUAGACCUUUGGCCAAACUUCAACAUGAUUUAGAUAAAUUGCAUUCUGAAAGUGGUGGAGAGGAUGAAGACGAGGAAGAUGAUGACAACUUACUAUAUGAUGAUGAUAAUGAAUUGCAUCUGCUCAAUAAGGCAUUGGAGAGAAUACAUUCUGUUUAUUAUGAUGAGUUAUCAAAAAAUCAUAAGCCUGAUUUGACAGAAAUAAUACCAUCAUUGAAAAGCAAGGCACUAGCAGGUGUUGUUGUGUUAUUUUCCGGAUUUAUACCUUUGAACAUGUCUUUUGAGUCUGCUGAUAUUGUAGUAUGGUGUAGACAGUUUGGAGUUAAGAUCGUAAAAGAAGUUACUCCAGAUGUCACACAUGUUGUUUGCCGACAACCCAUUAAUGGCAGUGGACUUACAGCUAAGGUAAGGCUAGCAAAGAGAUUACUUCCAGAAGUGAAAAUAGUGAGUCCUGAUUGGAUAUUUUCUUGUUUGAGCACAUGGGAGAAAGCCAAUGAAAAUGACUAUCUUAUUUAUGCUGAAAAUGACAAUGAUUGGGAAGUUAGUGAAUCAGAUGUGGAGAAGUAUAAGAUUAAACUUGCAAGAAUGGACGAAGAGCAAUCAGAGAAAGUACGAGAAAGAUUUGAUUCUGUUGCAUCGUUUGAUAGUUAUAAUUUAGAAGCGGCAAACCAAGAAGUUGAUGAUUUCCUUGCAGGUAUAAGCGAUGACGACGACGACGAAGAAGAAAAUGAUGUCAGUAAUAAUGACGAAGGGAAUGAAAACUUUGGGAAUAGUCAUCCGUUUUCUUCUAGUACUGAUACAAGCACAGGUUCCACAUCUACUAAUGGUAAUUCUGUAACGCAGAAAAAAGACGAAGAUGAAGACGAAGAUGAAGACGAAGAUGAAGAUGAGGAUGAAGACAAAGAUGAAGAAGACCACUUGAAAGCAAAUGGAGUAGGUUCUAAUUCGUUUAUCAAAGGUUUGUAUAAGGAGAGUCGGAAGAGAAAGGUGCGUGAUAUUGAAUCUGAAGAAGAAGAAGAAUACUCCAAUAAGAAACCUUCCACCACAAUUGAUAACAAUCUUGAUGAAUUGGAGCAAGAGUUGCUCAAUGGGUUUGUGGAAUUAGAUGAGUAA